AUGCAUGGCAAAAGUUCUUUUGCUCCUAAAGACACCAAAGGAAUUAACCUGAGAGUAGAAGAGAUAAAGAAGAAGUUGAGAAUGUAUGAGAGAAAAGACAUUUUCAACUUUGACAAAACUGGUCUUUUCUAUAAGCAGCCACCAAUUUCAACCAUAUCAACAGCAGCAAUUUCCGGCCCAGAACAUAGCUUUCAGUAUUAUCACAAUGAUAAAAGCUGGAUAGCAUGUGUAAUAUUUAGAGAUAUAUGCAAGAUAAUCAACCAUCAAGUAAGAAACUUGGGCAGGAAGAUACUUGUUCUGCUUGACAACGCAGCCUGCCACAAUACCCAUGACAACUAUACCAAUGUAAAAUUUCUAUACCUCCCAUCAAACACUACAUUGUAUCUUCAGCCACUCGAUACCAGCUUUAUACAGAACUUUAAAGUCAAAUAUCAACACUACCAAUAUACUCUUGCCACUCAAAGAUAUAUCAGCAACAUGAUUAUCAAUCCUGAUGACUACUUCAAGCUUUCACAACUAGAAGUCAUGAAUUUUACCAGCAUACCCCCAAUUAUAUCUGAGACUGUCAAUAUACCCAUUGAAGAUAUAACUAUCAUAUCCGGAUGCCAACAUCUUAUAGAAAACAAUAUCGAAGUUGUUGAGACCCCAGAAGAAUCUCUAUAUACCCUAGAAGAUGAUAUCCUUGACGAAGAAAAUAAAAAUGAAGAAAAUGAAGAUGAAAAAAAUGAAUAUUCUCUCAAGAAAAAAAGAAAAAUAAUAAAAGAGUUAGUAGUCAACUUGAUACAUUUAGUAGUACCAAAUAGUCAGCCUUAUCAACAUAUAAUGAUGAAGACACUGGUCAAUUUAUGA